AUGAGACUUAAGAUCAAGCGUUCAAAUGAACAGCGGCUAAUAACAUUGCCUGACGGGGCUACAGUAUCGGAUUUACUUAAUGAAAUUGGAUCAGCUUCUAUCAAUAUAAAGGUUGGGUUUCCUCCUCAGACAAUUGAUAUCUCAGAUACCAGCAAGUUGCUUACUGAUAGUGGAAUCAAGAAUGGUGAAAUGAUCAUUGUCACUGAUACCAUUGAAACAGAAGUGCCUGUCAACAAGAAUGAGGUUGCAAUUGCCACUGUCUCAAACCAGAAUGAUGCGCCCUACGUUCAAAUAGACGACAUCUUCCUAGUCUUGCGGAAGAUUCCCGAUGAUAAUUCUUGUUUCUUCAACUCUGUCGGCUACUGUAUAUUUGGUCCUGAUUCAAUCAAGUAUCCGGAUUCUCAACAAGAACUAAGACAGGCCGUCGCUAAUGUAAUCAGAGAGAACAACCAAGGUAUUUAUAACUCCGCCAUCUUGGGUGGAAAGUCAAUCACAGAGUAUUCUCAGUGGAUCCAAAGCAGUAAUUCCUGGGGAGGAGCCAUCGAAGCACAGAUAUUGGCAGAAUACCUUGAUAUCAGUAUCUGGACAGUGGAUAUUGAGUCUCUUCAAGUCUACAAAUUUAAUGAUGAAAUGGCUUCAAGGUUUUGCGUUAUUAUGUAUAGUGGUAUUCAUUACGACGCUAUGGCUCUCAAGCUGGACACAUCAUUAGAUGAGGAGGACUCACAAAUUUGUGUGUUUGAUAAGUUCAGUGAGUUGGGGACUUUGAUUGAAGACAACGUUCUCAAAUUAACCAACCAUCUUAAGAACCAGGGCUAUUAUACGAAUACUUCCACAUUCAUACUCCAAUGUCAAAUAUGUCUCGCAACAUUGCAAGGAGAAAAAGAAGCAAAUAGCCACGCAAAGAAAACUGGCCACACAAAUUUUGGUGAAGUCAAUUGA